AUGCACUACGCUCCUAACCUUCCGCAAAUUGCCAACCGGUAUGCAUCUGCUCAUGCCAAUCCCCAGGGCGCUGGCGACGCGCGGCCUACGGCCCUGCAAAUCAUCCAAGAUGAGGGACUCGUCGGCAAACUAAGCCACAAGGUAGCAUUGGUCACUGGAGGGACCAACGGUAUUGGCCUUGAGCUUGUGCGCACCUUGGCAAAGACUGGCAUGCGAGUCUUCUUCACAGCCCGCGAUCCUGUCAAGGGCCAGAAGGUGAAGGAGAAGCUUCAGAGCGAGGACGCUCUCUUUAAGCUUGAGGUCGUCGAGAUGGAACUCAAGAGCUUAGAAAGUGUCAAGGCUGGUGCGGAGUUGGUCUUGAGUCAAACCGACAGACUUGACGUCCUCAUGAACAAUGCAGGCAUGUAUUUCUUCAGCGCCAUGGGAACUCGAGGCUUUCGGACAUCACCACUAACAUAUGCCGAUAACAUCAGGUAUUGCGGCGACACCUCACGGCAAUUCGGUGUCAACCACGUAGCGCAUUUCUACUUGUUCCAACUUCUCAAGCCGCUACUUCUGAACACCGCAGCAACCCACGGCGUGAACAUUCGCAUCGUUUCGACGGCUAGCACUUCACACACAGCGUCGACGGUGCUCCCCGAGAACAAUUAUGACACCGCCAAUCCCAACGGCAAGGGCUAUGAGCCCGGUGUGUCCUAUGCCCACUCCAACACAGCCAAGAUCUGGUUUUGCAACGAGCUGGAGCGGCGAUAUGGGUCCAAGGGUCUGCAUGCAAUUAGCAUCCAGCCAGGCGGCUUUACCAGUGGGCUCAUGGACUCUUCUGAAGAGCACAGUAAGGUGAUGCUGAACAAGAUGAUCCAAAUGCCACACAUCAAGAAGAUUUGGAAGAGCGUCGAGCAAGGCGCAGCUACGAACACACUUGCAGCUGUCGGCAAGGAGUUUGAUGGUGUCGGAGGAAUCUACAUGGAGGACUGCGGCGUGAGCAAGCCUAUCCCGGAUGAUCUGCAUUGGGCGGGUUACGGUUUCAAGUCCUGGGCGUUUGACGAGGCAGGCGAGAAGAAACUAUGGAUCGAUUCUCUUAAAAUGGUUGGACUGGAAGACGACCAGUAG